AUGGUCAAUGAUUACAGCACAGUGUUGAUCGCGUGCGGCUUGAAUGGACGGUGGGAAGAUCUGAUAGAAGUGUACGAAACGAUGCCAGGGAGCUAUCGUUCUCGGCUGAGUGGUGUGGCUCAAGCCCAGGUGAUCAUAGCACGCGCUCAAAGUGACAGUUACGAUGUGAAGGUGAGAGGAUUCGACGUUCUCGGCAUGGACGACACCAAAUGGAACACCUAUUCGUGUAACGCGGUGCUGAAUGCACUGCUACAGACCCACCAGUAUAAGACUCUGCUCUCACUCAGUUACAAACUGAAGCAGAAGCGGAAAACGUGGAACUCGCGCACAUACACAAUUGUGGCAUUGGCUUACAUUCGUAGCGGCUCCACCAUGAAAGCGCUAGAAUUUAUGCGCGCGAAUGCUACGCACAUGCAGAGCAACAACGUCGAAUGCUACCGCGAGCUCAUCGAC